CGCCAUCUUUAUUGGUAUUGGAGACGCGCGGGGUACAGCGGUGAAUGUGUCAAAAUCGCAGGAUCCACGGCAAUAUCUGGAUGAACAUGGUGUUUAUACAGGAAAGGUGAUUUUUCGCGUCUGAUAUCGGUGUGUAGAAAUUAAUAUAAAAAAAUGGUCAGCAACAUUUCACGGGGUACGCCCCGCAUCCAAGUCUUCAGACCUUCGUACGAAGAGUUCAAGGAUUUUACCAAGUACGUAGAAUAUAUGGAAAGCAAAGGCGCGCAUAAAGCAGGCUUAGCAAAAGUAAUCCCACCGCCUGAAUGGAUUCCGAGGAAAGGAGGCUAUAACUUAGACGACUUGAAUCUGACUAUUCCGGCGCCGAUUUGUCAAGUAGUCACUGGCAAGCAGGGUCUUUAUCAGCAAAUUAAUAUACAAAAGAAGUCGAUGACCGUUAAGGAGUACAGUAAGUUAGCUAAUUCUGAGCGCUAUAACACUCCCCGUCACUUUGAUUACGAAGAUUUGGAGAGGAAAUAUUGGAAGAAUAUAACAUACGUAGCGCCUAUAUACGGAGCAGAUGUUUCCGGUUCGUUGACUGAUCCGGACGUGAAAGAAUGGAACAUUAAUCAUCUAGGUACAAUUCUCGAUUACGUAAACAAAGACUAUGGUAUAUCUAUUGACGGCGUCAACACGGCGUACUUGUAUUUCGGAAUGUGGAAGACCACGUUCGCGUGGCACACGGAGGACAUGGAUCUGUACUCCAUAAAUUAUUUACAUUUUGGAGCCCCAAAGACGUGGUACGCCAUACCGCCAGAACACGGACGACGAUUGGAAAGGCUCGCCAGUGGCUUCUUUCCGUCGAGCUACCAGAGUUGUCAGGCUUUCUUGCGUCACAAAAUGUCUCUCAUUUCGCCUCAGAUAUUGAGGCAAUAUUCCAUUCCAUGCAAUAAAAUAACGCAAGAAGCUGGUGAAAUAAUGAUCACCUUUCCUUACGGUUAUCACGCCGGCUUCAAUCAUGGUUUCAAUUGCGCUGAAUCUACUAAUUUCGCAGCACCGCGAUGGGUGGAGUAUGGUAAAAGGGCUACGCAAUGUACCUGCAGUAAAGAUAUGGUUAAAAUCUCUAUGGACACCUUCGUGAAACGUUUCCAGCCGGAGAGAUAUGAAUUGUGGUUACGCGGGGAAGACAUUGGUCCACAUCCUGAAGAUCCUAGGCAAACUGCUGCUCCCAUGCCGUCUCAGAUGGAUCUUCUGUGCAGUAAUAGCAGCAAUGGUCAACUGCCACAGAGCUACUUAAGUGCUGCACCGAAAAAUAAACGGCACACGAUACAUAAAAAGAAAAACAUCAUGGCUACGAAUCCGGACGUUGAUAUGGAGGAGUUGGUGAACCGUCCCGAUAUUCCACCCGACGUGAAGAAAGUUUUGCAGGAUCUUGAACUGGAGGAAGUCGAGGAACAACCGGACGAACAGCAGCUGGAAGUUUUGGAAGACAUAUGGCUGAAAGCAGGAGAAAUGGACGUGAACGAGGCUUCCGUGUACGAUGACGGUUACAAUCGUAAAAAGAGCCGAAAGCGAAAGAAAAAGAACAACGACAAAUCCAAGUCCAAGAAGGAGUCGAACAAAAGUAUUACCGAGCAAGUGACAGUAAAGACUGAAAUCAAAGUGGAAGCGGACGAUAGCUUGAACUUCAUGUCCUCUUCGUUCCCCGAGCAAAAUGACGAUCAAGGGGGCUCGAACGUCGCGACAGCUGGCGACAGUGUCAACGAGGGUAUCAAAGUGGAAGACGUUUCCGAUUUCUCGGAGGCCACCGAGAAACCAGUCAAAAAGAAGAAGAAACAUUCCAAGUCCGGGGAAGCGAAGAAGGGAAGACCGAGGGGUACCGGCAAAAAGAAGAGCAAACAUUUGAAUAUAUCCAUCUUCGACACCGGCGAGCCGUUGGACGUGUCCGACGCGAACGUGCAACGGCAGCUUAUGGCCAUGCCCAGCAUAAGUCACAAACCAUUCACCAUCAAGAACGUUUCGAACAGUCUCGGGAAAGGAAGUCACAUAACGGGGAAGCUGAUCUUCGCUAAUAACGAGAUCAGCGUGACACCGAUCACCGACAAACCAGUCCCGAGCGUCACGAGUACCAACCACGAGGCGAAUCCCGUGUACGGUAGUCCGAAAGGGGCGGAGAAGUUCGUCGAUAACGCGGUGGUCGAGCGGGCGAAGUUCCACGCGAAGAGCGGGAAGAAAAUGUGCGCCGCCAGGAUCAAGUCGACGUUCGCGAAGCAAGCGGCGUUGAAGAAUAUCGCGUUGGAUCAAUCGAAGCCCGUCAAGUUCGACAAAGCGGUGGAGUCCGGGUACAUGAGCAGCGACCCGCUCGCGAUACCGGAUAUGAGACCGUCUAGUUACACCAGCUGCAAAAGCGUGGGCACGAUGCUCACCGAGAGAUCGAUGCCCAACUAUACGAAGAAGGACAUAAUAAAAGCGCCACGGCUGAGCGUGUUGAAGUCAGCGUACAACAUAACCUCCACCGAGGUCUCGCCUAAGGUUGAAUCCGACAAGUCGAUGGGAGAGGAGAAGGACCCGUCGUCGAAUAACGUAGUAGUUUUACCAAAGACUUGGCCUAUCGCCAAACCUCAGGAGCCCAAACUCCCCAAUCCGGGUAUCAUGUUCCUGAACACGAACUUGAGCUUCUCCGGACCACCGAUUCUGCAGAAGGAGGUCACCACGCAGGAGUCUGGAAACGAUUCCAAGUCCACGGAACCGUCGAAACCCGUCGCUUGCAACGCUAUUCAGAUACCGCGUUUGGAAGGCUUCUUCGCGAAGAGCGCGGUGCUCAGCCAACCGCUGACUCAGUCCGUCACUUGUCACAGCAUCAGCGGUACCGGCACGGACGUGAGAACGCUCGGGAAGAGAUCCACCACGGACGCGUCGAAAAUGAUGGCGACGAAGUUCUGGCAGCUGCCUAGCUGCAACAGCAGUUUAUUCUUCUCCAAGGACAACUCCAUGGACGACGCGCAGACCAUGAGCCUGGACGCACCGCAGAAGUCCUCGCUGGGACUGCCGAAAACCAACACGUUCUUCUUAGCCCCGUCGCCCAGCUGCGCGAACGUGUCCAUAAAUCCUCAGUCUUCGAUGAUGAUUGACUUCAACAGAAAGUGUUUGCAGAAAUCGACGACGAGCAGCGCGCCGGCCUCGUCGUUCGUGACGAUUUUGCAAAAGUCGCAGGAUCACUACUUUACCAAGAGAAACGCGAGCCAGAGGGACGAGUCGUGCAACAGGAAUUCGUUCAAGGGUGUCGCCUCGAUCGCGAGUAACGUGAAGACGGUGUCGACGCAGGCGGACAGUCCGUUGGACGUCGACGGCUCGUCCGGUACUAGUUUGAACGUGUCCGGUUUGGACGUAGGUGCCCAUUACGGCUUGGCUCGGUCCUCGCCAAACUUUCACGAUUUAGACUCGACCGUCACGAUCACGCCCCUCUCGCAGGAGCAACUUCCACACAGGAUCGAUUCCACGGAGAAGCUUCAGUGUCAAAGCGCUCGCAAGACCACGGACAACAUAUACGCGCACAUGCCGUCGUUGAAGCCGAUAAAACUGACGAUGUCCAGGCGAAAGUCGAAAGAGAAACUGAAGAAGGCCACCACCAGGAAAAAAGACGCGUUGGACACCAAGGUGACGAUCACCGCGAUCAACGUGGACGAUUCGAACGUAGUCACGAACAAUACCACCGUCGAUAAAUUACCGCCGGUUUCCCAUCGCGUGUCGAUGAUACCGGGCCACAUAUCCGACAUGCUCUACCCCAUCGUGCCGAAUAACGAUUUACUGAAAGCGUUCAACGAUUAUUGGAGCGCUCAAAUAUCCCACUGCGCCAUCUGCGCGCCGUUCACUUCCAGUUGCAACGGAUACGGCAGACUGAUGCCACCCGACUGGAAAUAUUGUAAACCCACCGUUUUACCGGAGAGCUCGCCGAUAUGGGUCUCUGCAAGCGUUUUCGUAGCGAAUUCGAAAGAGCAGAUCGUCGAACCGGAAAACGACAAGCUGCUGCGUUGCAGGGAAUGUCACGUCACCGUACACGCCUCGUGUUACGGGAUUACCGUGUUGCCUACGGACCUACGAAAUUGGGCCUGCGAUAAAUGUAGAGCCGGUAAAACGCAAGUGAUGUGUUGUCUAUGUCCGAUGCGAGGCGGUGCCCUGAAGCGUACCAGCGACAGUAAUUGGGCGCAUAUAUUAUGCGCCCUCUUAUUGCCAGGCGUUACAUUCAAAGACGCGAUCAACAAGGAUCCGAUCAACGUGUUAACUAUGAGGCCUGAUAUCGUUAGUCAGCUGUGUUGUUACUGCGGGCAAAAGGACGGAGCGUGUCUCAACUGUAACCAGUGUAACAAUCUGUUCCAUCCGUCGUGCGGUCUCAUUUCCGGUGCAACGUUCACAAUACCUGUCUACAACUCACCGGAACUUGAGGUGACGUGUGACGGGCAUGACGACGGCAAAGAAAAAGUUCCAACGAUCCGACAGGGAGAGAUCGUAUGGGCGAAGCAUCGCAACACGAGAUAUUACAAGGCCAAAGUAGACUCCAUACACGACACCCUGUUUUACAUGGUCACGUUCAGCGACGAUAGCUUCAGCGAAGAUUUGUAUCCAUCAGACAUUACGAACUAUGAUCCGGGAAAUCCGCCGCAACAGGGGGCAGCAGUGAUCGUAAAGUGGACUGACGAGAAUUUGUACGAUGGUAUCUUCGAGGGUACAAAUCAUAGAAUCAUGUACACCGUAAUUUUCGAAGAUGGUUCGCAACUCGUGCUGAAGCGAAACGAGAUUUAUAGCUUACAGGAAGAUAUGCCAAAAAGAGUGCGUUCACGUCUGUCUGUUGCGACCGAAAUGAAGCACCGGUGUCAUCUGUACGGCACGGAGGAUGAAUCCGAGGCGCAAAGAAAGGUGAAACAGUCUAAACAUUGUGAUUAAAAAAAAAAAAAACAAAAUUAUAUAACGGUUCGAUGUAAAUAAUUAAUAGAGACAAUUUAAUAUUCAGUCGCUGUAAAUAAUAUAUACGAACAAAAUGUGUACCUACUUGAUUUGGUCUUUUCUGAAAGUAAACCGCGCUCGGAAUGGACCGAAUGGACAGAUUCAACUUUUCUCUUCGUCUUUGUUCUCAUUUCGCGGAUUCCUUUCUUUUAUCACCCCCCCUAUUUCGUUUCUUUGAAAUGGUUCCAUGCGCCCGCCAUUUUCUUUCGUUUUUUUUAUCGGUAUCGCACUUUCGUUGUUUUUUUCAGUACACCAUCCCUUUUAUUUUGCUUACACGCUCACUGUAAAGAGUAUUGAUACAACAUUCGUCUUCGGGUUACGAGUUUUAUAUAAAUGUUACGAUGUGUCGUGGAAAAAGCAGAAAAAUAACGAAACAAAGGAAAAAAAAAGUAUUAAAAGGCUACCGCGGCGACGAGUCGCGGAGUGCUGGGACGCGACAUGCGUCCCCUUCGCGACUAUAAAUAAGCGUAUUCGAGUUUUUAAUCGUAAUCGUCGCGUAACUAGGAGAUAAAUACAGACCGGGAGAUCACUUCUGUCUUAUAAAAUGAAUACGUAGAAUGUUUUCUUACCCCUUGUAUUUACAAGCAGCUAACGUACGACGUAGUGAGCUCUACAAGCCGUUGAGGACACUGUUUCUGCUGGCGAUAAGGAUCAAAGAUACGAUACAAUCCGCUAUAAAUUUUCUGUAUAUAUCUACGCGAACGUGGAUAUCGAAUGAAUUGUGUGUUUUAAGCGAUCGCAUUCUUCACUUUGUUUUUAUGGAUAAGCAUCGGGACAUUGAGAAAUAUUCGAGGGUUUGCGUAACUGCAACGUGCUCCUGGUCAAGAAGCAUCGGUAGAUAAUGUAUUUAAAGAUAUUUAUUAUGAUAAACCACAUGCAGAAGGGUACAGCAGUGGUUCGCAGAAACAAUUUUUUCUUCUAUUCUGCUGUUCAACCCUUUGCACUCCAUUUUUCAUUCGUAUUACCAGCAACUCGAAGCAAUUUUAGCGAAAAGAUCCAUAUUCGCAUAUAAGUAAAUGAUAUGCGGAUUAAAAGUUAUUAUUUUUUUAAUUUAUUAUGGAUUUAUAAUGGAUACAAUUACAUUUUGUAAUCGUUCAAGGUGUGGAUACCUCUCGAAGCAAUCGCCAAUAUGUAAUCUUGGCUUUUCUAUACAGGUGUUACAAUAAUAAAUCUAUUAGAACACACUACACGAUCUUAUAGCUUUUACGAUUUCUCUUUGUCCUUGUGUUAUGAACUGAAAAUUAUUUGCAGUGUCUCCAUAGCAGAGUCCUCGAGUUUGAAGACAAAGGUCACAGAUCACAGAUCUUAUGGAAAAUGGCCCCCUGGUUGAAUUAGUUGAAAUUUUGAUGCGAUGUGGUUCAUGGUGUCUCGAUGAAAUGGUCCAAUGGGCCCAAACUCGCAAAUUGAACAGUUUCAAAGGUAAUAAUAGUGUGUCUUGUUCCAGACUACCAUGUUUCAGCAUAUUUCAGUGUAAGAAGCACUGUUGUAACCCUGUGGGCCCUUAAAUGUUACCCCUGACCCUCUGACUCCCCUUCAGGAGUCAAAAUGGGAGUCAGAGGGUCCACAGUACAACUACUGAGUUUUAAAGGGUUAAAUAUAUGGACAGUGUACUACAACAGUGCUUCUUACACUUAAAUAUGCUCGAACGUGCUAGUCUGGAAUAAGUCAUACUAUUAUUGACUUUUGAAACUGUUCAAUUUGCGAGCUUGGGCCCAUUGAAAUUUUUCAUCAAGCACCAUGAACUGCAUCAUAUCAGAAUUUCAGCUAAUUUAAAUGGGGGGGGCCAUUUUCCAUAAGAUCUGUGUGGGAUGGACAUUCGCGGGAAUUUUUUUACACAUGCGUUAGCUUCCUGCCAUGGAUGUAUCUUUAGAAUUCCCAUGUUUUGUACAAAAUUGUCCUUUCUACUUCAAAUGCUCGCCAAUCAGACAAAAAUGAACUUAUCAAACAUCCCCAUACGUAUUUCUCUAGCUAUACCCAUGUAGAUUGAGAGGAAAUUUUUUGUUUUUGUCUCUUUCCCUAAAUUCUAGUUAAGUGUAUACAGUGAUCGUGUGCUCCAGCGCGCAUGACCAAAAUUCCCCGCGAAUGACCAUCACCCUCGAGUGCAAAGGGUUAACACGCAACGUUAUGAAAUAAUAACAGUGCAUAAAAAUCGUACAGAUACACUGCUAUUACUAUGGCCAUAUGACUAAACAUUUGGAAUCAUGCAGUUUAGCAUACGUCACUUUUAAUUCGUAGGUUAUUGUACGAUCGCGUUAAUUUUAAACGUUUAGGAAGAAUUUGUAAUUCGCGAGGAUGAAUAACGCGACUGUCGAUCCUUCUGGCGUGGCGUAUCGCGUAAGUGAUUUUUAAGCAGAGCACCCCCUGAUAAAUCGUAGUGCAUACACGAUUGCGCACGUGUUCGUCACUGAAUUAGUCUAUGAAAAUUUGUAAAAAAAAGA